GUUUGAAAAUGAUUGCAACUCUUCUAUUUUUCAUGUGCUGUUUGCAUUCUACGCUGUCAAAAACACAGUAUGAUACGUAUCCAACACUUUAUGUAAACAUUUUCGCCGACGACACUCAACCACGUGUUUUGGCUUGUGAACAACAGUCACUAUUUAUCAAAGCGGACACUAGAGUGACUGUAACAAUGCUUGGUGGAAUUGGAAAUGACAAUACAGAGUAUCUGCGUGGAGCACUGUUUUUCGAUGGUCCUAACACAAACGCAACUUUUAUUGGAACUGGAUUUCAACUUUUAAAUCGUAGCUCUCCUUUUGUGGCAAGUGGGCAAUAUAUGACAGUUAUGGGAGUUGAAACACACUCAAAUUAUUACUUCGCAUUUCAAGAUUUCGAAAAUGUUAAGAAUAUCACACAACUUCAAUGGCUACAAGAAAACGUUGUUGAAUUAGAUGGCGCCAAUGGGACAGUGGCUAUGCAACUUUACGCACCAGGUUCCUUCGACACAAAAUAUGUUCUCAGUAGUUUCGAGGGCGACGGAAAAUUGGAUGUUUACAAUGGAGUGAUCACAAAGAAUCAGGCAAACCGUGUAGCUAGUUACCAUGCUGGAAAUUGCUCAAUGAAUCUACCCCAAAUGUUGUUCGGUGAUUUCACUACGUUUUUGUACACCGGUACCAAAUCCAAGUUAGUCUUAACACAUGACUAUAAUUCAUUCUACGAAAUGAAUGGAUUAAUCGGCAGGAAGGCAUUUAUGGCUUCGUACUUUUAUGGCACAGAUUCGUCCCAUCAAGGUAUUGUAGCUGACUUCUCUGUGCAACGGAACAGUGGCACCAGUUUUAGAGUUUCUAUUUGGUCAGACAAUUUUAAUGAGCAGACUAGUCAGCUGAUAAUCGAAUGGCCAGGCUACGACAAAUAUUCUUCUAAUAUGUACAAUAUAACAAAUUUAUCACCAACCGGAAAUUAUACAUUUGAAAUUACAAGUUACUCGAUGAGCGUGGAAUAUUAUUUCGACUCUGAAAACACAACGUCCAAGGGAAUAUACAUAGAUGUUGAACUCAUUAAAGGAUCUUCCGCUUUGUAUUAUAUCUAUGUAAUUGGUUUGGUGUGCCUGUGGAUGAUUUAUUGAAAAUAAAUAGUCGUCAUAAGUUCUUGUAAAAACAUCUAUUGACGAAUGAAAAUUUUUGAGAAGAA